GCUCCAGGAUCAGCGGACUGAGCGAGAGGGGGGGAAAACUCUUCAAAAGAAAAUCUUUUGGCUGUGUGAUUUUGUUUCUCGCCGACUUCUGAACACUGGAUACGCUGCCAUGUCAAAGUGCACUGAAUUAUUUAUAGGCGUGCGUGUCUUGUUGUGUGACAGCUCUGCCCUUAAAGCAUUUUAUUAGACGCCUCUUCCAGCACUGACUGGCACGCGACGCUGCUCUCACCGAUGCGUCACUUCCAAGAGCGCCGGGACAACCAAACUGCUCCGGUCUCCUCGCCUGAGCCCAUCCGCAGCUUCCUGCGUUCAAAUCUACAUUUUGGUUAAAUUGUGAGUUGUUUUUUUCUUUGCCCAGGAUCCAAUAUAGGACUCAUUCUUUUUCUUUUUCUUUUUUUUCCCCCUCCCUUUGGCUUUUCCACCUGAGAGAGAAAGAGGACGCGGUGGCCAUCGCUUCCUUCCCUCCUGUUUUGGUUUUUUUUGGACGCUGAGUGUUUUUUUUUUUACACAUGCAGGAAGAAAACUGUGGUGACACCUGAUCGACCGCACAUUGACCCGGGAGCUCCAGACGAAUCACGGAGGGAGAGAGAGAGGGAGAGAGAGAGAGAGAGGGAGAGAAGAUUUUCGGCCAAUGUUCGGCCGGCGCCGCUGAUUUGGUCUGUGUGUGCGCGCGCGUGUGUGCUUCGUUUUGUGGGGUUGUUUAGCCCAGCCAAAAGCCAUGGUCCACUGCGCCGGCUGCGAGAGGCCUAUCCUGGACCGCUUUCUGCUCAACGUGCUGGACAGAGCCUGGCACGUCAAGUGCGUGCAGUGCUGCGAGUGCAAAUGCAAUUUGACAGAGAAAUGUUUUUCUCGAGAGGGGAGACUGUACUGCAAAAACGAUUUCUUUAGACGGUUCGGCACCAAGUGUGGCGGCUGUUCGCAGGGCAUCUCUCCCAACGACCUGGUCCGCAGGGCCCGCAGCAAAGUCUUCCACCUCAACUGCUUCACGUGCAUGAUGUGCAACAAACAGCUGUCCACCGGGGAGGAGCUCUACAUCAUAGACGAGAACAAAUUCGUUUGCAAAGACGAUUACCUAAACAACACCAGCGUAAAAGACACCAACCUCCUCUCAGUGACGGCGUGCAGCGACCCCAGUUUAUCCCCGGACUCCCAGGACCCGCUGCAGGACGACGUGGUCCUGAAGGACACGGAGAUCGCCGCCCUGUCCGACAAAGAGACGGUGAACAACGAAAACGACGACCAGAAUCUGGGGGGGAAGCGGCGCGGCCCGCGGACCACGAUCAAGGCCAAACAGCUGGAGACUCUGAAGGCUGCGUUCGCUGCCACCCCGAAACCCACCAGACACAUCCGGGAACAGCUGGCCCAGGAGACCGGACUCAACAUGAGGGUCAUCCAGGUGUGGUUCCAGAACCGGCGGUCCAAAGAGAGGCGCAUGAAGCAGCUGAGCGCGCUGGGCGCCCGGAGGCACGCCUUCUUCCGGAGCCCGAGGCGGAUGAGGACGCUGGUGGACCGGCUGGAGCCCGGGGAGCUCAUCCCCAACGGGCCCUUCUCCUACUAUGGAGAUUAUCAAAGUGAAUACUACGGCCCAGGCCCGAACUAUGACUUCUUCCCCCAGGGGCCCCCGUCGUCGCAGGCCCAGACCCCUGUGGAUCUUCCCUUCGUGCCCUCCUCGGGCCCCACGGGCACCCCCCUCGGAGGCAUGGACCACCCCCUACCGGGCCACCACCCUUCCAGCGAGGUACAGCGCUUCUCCGACAUAAUGUCCCACCACCCGGGGGACUCCCCCAGCCCGGAGCCCGGGAUCCCGGGACCCCUGCACAGCAUCUCCUCCGAGGUGUUCGGCCCGAGUCCGCCCUUUACCUCACUGUCUCUGAACGGCAGCGGAUACAGCAACCACCUGUCCCACCCGCCCUCGGAAAUGAACGAGGGCACCGUGUGGUAGCUCUCUGAGAGAGAGAGGACUCUGUUCGCCGGAGGUUCGGUAUCGCAGGGGUGGUGAAGUGGGGGUCUGGCUGGGGGGUUGAGGACAGGGGAAAUGGAUAUCGACAGGGUUAGGGCAAAAUGCCAUGAAGUCAUUAUUUUUGUCGUUUUUUUUUUUUUUUUUUUUACAAUAUUUAUUUAUUUAUUUUCCCGGUUCGAUUUGUUGAUCUUGUUGUGGGGGGGGGGGGGGGGGGGGGGGAAGCGUAUCUCGCAUCAUGCUCAAAAACAUUGUCCUCAGUAUUGUGUUUGCGUGUUUCUAUUUGCUUCUCUCUCCCUCCCCAACCCCCCCAACACACCUUGCAUCCAAAACUGGACUCACAAAAAACAACAAAACGGGCAAGACUGCUUACCUGGCCCCCGUUCGCCCCCCCCCCCCCCCCUUUCUUUGGGCCCCUGGGGGUGGGGUAGGUGGGGGCUGUCACCCCUUUCUGACGCCUGUCAGGGUCCCGGCAUAGCAACCAAUCCCCCCUAACACCCACCGCUGGGGUAAAAAACAACCCUUUGGAAAUCUCCUAUAGUAUGUUCCGAACACGAAACACGUCAUUAGCUACUGUCAAAGACUUGAAUAGCUUUACAGAGAGAGAAGAAGGGGGGGGGCUGAGAGUUGAUGGUGUGCUGACCUGGCGCUGUAAGGAAGGCUGAGCGGCGUUCAGACUCUGUUCCAGGCACUAGACUGGUCCCUUGUAUUAAUUCCGAAGCUCCUCAGACCUCUUUGCCUCUCAAGGCUCUGCCAUAUUGACACUUAACCUUUUUUGACACUGUUUCCGAAAUGGGCCGCAGGAAAGGACAAUUCCACCUCCGUCUGGACUAUUUGUUUCUUUUUUCCUUUUUUUGUGGUUUCACAAUUUGCCACCAAAUCUGAAGAAGGUCCGCCUUCAAAAGGCAAACGGUUUAAAAAAAAAAAAAACCUCUACGGAUUGCUAACCCUUUAUUUAAAAAUGGAAGUGAACUUGAAAUGUUGAAAUGAAGUCUACCUUCUAAAAAAAUCUUUUACGGGGGUUCUAAAUGGGACUUUAGAACAGUCAACUGUUUACGUAAUCUAUUCAAUUCAGGAGUCCAGAAGUCUCGAAAAACCUUGUUUUAGAACCUCUCAAUCCAUAUAAAAAUGUUCCAAGCAACCAACCAAACUUUUGUAUUGAUUUCAUUUAUAUUGUAUGGAGAUAAAAACAAAACAAAAAAAAACAAAAAAACCACACACACACACACACACACACACACACACACACAUUUGCUGGGGUUGUGGUUCACUGUGCUAGUUUGUACGAGAUGUUGUUUACAAAAAAGGUUUAAAAAAAUUUGAAAAAAAAAAAUACAUUGAAAAUAUAAGUAAAUUAGACAUUUGCCAAAUAAAAAAAAUAUAGCACAAAUACUGUUAAAGUGCUUUGCACCAUCAUCUGCAGAACGUGUUGAGACAAAAUGUAAGUGUUAAGGGGAGUAAUUGACUUCUUAAUUUUUUUAGUCAUAAAAAUUGUUAAUAUAACACACUUAGACAGGUUUUAUUUUUGUGUCUUUGAAGGAGAAAAAUCCAAACUAUUAAAAUUCUAUGGUCAAAUAUGCGGCUAGUCGCUGCGACAUCUCUUUGAAUAUCAAGCCCUCAUGGUAUGUCUUUUAUUGUCCCAAUAAACCCGAGCUCAUGUGACCUCCAGUGCAUAUUAGACCAUUCACUGUAUAAAUACAACAUGUUGACAAAAAUGUGUUUCUAAUAAAACUAGAAAAUAUA